UUUUGGUUUGACUUCGAUUUUUUGAAUUUUUCACUUCAAACAGGAGGAUAAAAAAUUGAUAUUUUAACAAAGAUAUAUUUGCUUCAAUUUAUGAGUACAUCACAUAUACCCACAUAUUAUCUUUUCGAAUGUAAUCAAAUUAUGGAUAAUAGUAUAAUACAGAUAAACAUAAUAUAGUAUUGUCAGGUUUGGUUGACUUCAAGAUGAUUUGGUUUUAUUCAGUCAGGGGCUGUGUAAUAUUAUAAUCAAUUUAAACUAUUCAAGAUUAUUAAGACUAAAGUUCUAGUUAUCAGCAAAUAUGAAAUUGAAACUGAAACCAGUGAUAAAGCUACAAAAGCUUGCUGUUCACAUAUGUGACAAGUGCAAAAAAGUAUUCAGAACCCCUAGUGAUCUUGAGGAACACUCCUGUCAUUAUGAUAAACGGUUUUAUGAACAUGUCGCUAGUGCUUACGUAUCUGUGGAGAGGAUGCCAGUACAUAAAUGUAACAGCUGCGAUCAAAAUUUUGAGACAAACACAGAAUAUUUGCGUCACAAAUUCGAACAUGUAGAAGCACAUGUGAGAAAAAAAAGUGCUAUGGAAAGAAAACUUACAAAUGGACAUAUCUUGAAGUCCUAUAAGUGUCCAGACUGCGAUAUUAAAUUUGCUGCUCAAAGCACCCUUGAUCUACAUUCCAUUGUUCAUAUGCCAUACCCCCAUAUAUGCUAUUGCGGCGUCGGUUACUACAAACAAAAAGAUUUAAAAGCUCAUAUAAAACUAGUCCAUAGUAACGAUAAAGCAAUUGAGGAAAUAAAAUCUUCGAAUAAUUCCAUACCAAUGAAGACACAAACCAUAACAGAAACUCAAAUGAUAAAGGAACGAACAUUAAAUUCAGUUUUAUUGGAAAAGAAAAAGUGCUUCAAAAACAAUGUUAAAUUAAAGUCUAACAAAAAUGACGGUAUAACAAAAGAAAUAGAAUUCAUGAAGACAGACGAUAAUAAAUAUAAGUGCCCUCUAUGCAAAGGGUUGUUCAAGACCAGAUUAAGCGUAUGUAUACAUUACCGCAUACAUUCCAAUGACCGCGUACACGCUUGCUAUUUGUGCGCGGAAGUAAUGACCACCACUGACUCCCUGAGACUUCACAUGAAGGAACACCACAACACAAAUAAGAUCUGUGUAUGUAAGUACUGUCCUAAAACUUACGGCGCUUACGCACACAGGACGCGCCACGAACAGGUGCAUCUAAGAGACAAGUCUCUGUCUAGAUAUUACUGGUACAAAUGCUCUUACUGCAUGAAGGCAUUCUCCGAUGCAACUACCCUCAGAGCCCAUAUAACGCGACAUGGGAACAACCUAACAAAACAAGCCUACGUCUGUGAUUAUUGUAAACGUGGUUUCAAAUUUAAGCGCAAUUUAGUAACACACAUUGUAAGAGGAGAUUGCGACAAAAAGCAUUUCGCUUGUGACUAUUGUCAUAUGAAGUUUGCCAGUAAAACGUAUGUGAGAGAACACAUUUUGAAUGUUCACAACAAGUCUAAUAUUGGUAAAAAAUUCGAGUGCAAUGAUUGUUCUAAAAAGUUUUUAUUGAAGAAAGCUCUUCUGAGACAUUACUUAAGCACGCAUUCAAAUAUACAGUGCCGUGGAUGUGGGGAAUGUUUUGCUAGUCACACAGACUUAGUACGGCACAAACAACGGUGUAAAUACAAACUGUGAUGAAAAUACACAGGUACUUAAUGAAAUCAAAGAAAAAGCUAGUCUAGCUGGACUAGAGUUUAUACACAACUUGAGUGCAUCGGCUUCCUUGGAAGUAUCAUCGUCUCAUAAAAUGCCAGCGUGAAGUGAUGAUGACGUAAUGUUACUACGUCUCGUCUGGCAAAUGAGAGAGAAAAUGAUGACAGUAAUGGUUUGCAAUGCAUUAGGCAUCUGGUGGUGUAGACUUACGAUCAGGUGGCCUGAAAUAUUAGUUAAUGGUAGUAUAAAAAGUAUGUAAGUAGCUACAUUGUGAUGAGAUAAAUUAAAAAACACAUGUCUAUAAAGCUGUCGUGCGUGUGUCGCGCAAUGCUACUCAUGAAUAAGAGCCCCUAGCGUAGCUUGAAACUAGUCGAUUACAUUGUUGUCCAAUCAAUUCAAGCUGUAAAAAAUAAUAUACAAUGUAUAAUGUUAAUCUAUUUUUCUUGAUAGGUCGACGUUUGACCACUAUUUUAUUCACCAAUCUUAUUUAGUAUAGUAUAGUUCUAUUGUCCAUUUGGGCAAUAGAACUUUAGGAAUAGAAGUUCUCACUAGCGAACUCUGUCGAACGAAUGGAAUCGGUUUAUAUGUUAAAUUGUAAUUUGCAUCGCCUGUAUUAAUUUACGUUUCUUAAGAAGAGAAUUCAAUGUUACGUUUUCGCAAAAUACGCAUUAUAUUUAAUUAUUUAUAGAUAGGUACUUCCAGUUUUAAGGAGAUGAAACCUAAAUAUCUCCUUGAUGUGUUAAUAGUUUUAAGCAAGUCAAUGUCUAUCCUAAACAUUCCAAAUAAUAUGAAAUAGAUGAUAGGGUAGUUUUU